AAUAGCCAUGACGAAAAGAAUUUUAAAAAUCCCAACUACAUAUAAAAGUCUCAUCGAAAUAUGUGACAUAUAAAAAAGUUUGUUUGGGGACCAACUUCCCGGGAAGUAUGCUUCAUUUCUUAUGCCAGCAGCAAUCCCUACUCGGAUUUGAAACUCAGAUAAACUCGAAGACCUCUUGCAGUUUCCUCCUUCACACGAUAAUGUUUUUCUAUUUUAAAAUCCAUUUAAAUUUCGGUGGGUCUUUGUUUAAAUUUCCACGUAAAUCCAUUACCUAACUAACCUACUUAUGCUCCCGGGUAUGCCUUUAUGGUAACCCCAGAAUUUUCCAAAUUAUUCCCAAUCCAAACAAAUGCGUAGCCCAAACAAAUCAAGCCAAAUGUUGAGUUCACUUGACAUCACUUCUGGGGGUACGGGUACUGUACCCAAAAACCAAAUGCAAUGGGAGAAUAGUUAGCAAUGCUAUAAACAAUACCCAACACUCGCAUACGUAAACAGGAUGUAUGCACUCCUGAAACUAAGGCGCACUACCAAGUAACGUGACCAUUUUACGACAAAAAUCUUUUUGUUUAUGCUCUUGAGAGGAACUCAAAUACCCUUGGCUGCCGCCUGCGCAUCCACCAAUGGGCAGCGUCGAGCUCGGACGGGAGCCAAAUCCACCACCAGAGUGCCAGCUGGAGGCGAGCCCACUUGAGGCGUGAGGCGUAUUUCCACUCCGUGAAUCCGAGUGAUUCUCUCGCUAGGGAUCAUCGGGGCUGCUAUUUAAAGAAUGCACGGAGCGGCCAACUCGAGCACAUUCGCAGCGCAGCCUUCGAGACGUGAACACCCGAACAGCCCCGAACCGAAUCGGUCCGUACCAAACAGAGAUCCGGAGUGAACAAGUGCACAAGUGCCGCAAGACAGAGCAUAAUCGAGAAUGUUGAAUAUGGAAAGUGCAAGUGUGGGGGCCUCCAUGGCGGGUCUGAGCAAAACUCUGACAACGCCCUUCUCCAUCAACGACAUACUGACGCGCCACAAUCCGGAUAAGCAUCGCGUGUCCAGCUUGGACUCCGAACCGGAGGCGGACAUCAGCGGCAAGAGCCGGAGCUCCAAGCAAAACCUUGAUCGGGAACGAUCUGCGUCCAAGUCGCCGCCGCUUUGCUGCCGAGAUCUGAGCAUCUACAAGCAGGACCCCACCAUGCCCAAUCCCGGCCAGAGACAGACAAACUACUUGCAGUACUAUGCGGCGGCUGCGGCGCUCGACAACAACAAUCACCACAACAGCCAUCACCAUCACCAGGCAACAGCCUCGGGCUCCAGCGGGGGGGACUACAUGCAACGCAAAUUGGCCUACUUUGGCAGCACUCUGUCCGCCCCGCUCGACAUGCGGCGCUGCACCAGCAACGACUCCGACUGCGACUCGCCGCCGCCACUGAGCAGCUCACCCUCCGCCUCGCCGCUCUCCCACGACGGCAGUGCUCUCAGCCGCAAGAAACGGUCGCGCGCAGCCUUCAGCCAUGCCCAGGUCUUCGAGCUGGAGCGUCGCUUCGCCCAGCAGCGCUAUCUCUCCGGGCCGGAGCGCAGCGAAAUGGCCAAGACCCUGCGCCUCACCGAGACCCAGGUGAAGAUCUGGUUCCAGAACCGACGCUACAAGACCAAGCGCAAGCAGAUCCAGCAGCACGAGGCCGCCAUGCUGGGUGCCACAAAGCGCGUGCCAGUCCAGGUGCUGGUCCGGGAAGAUGGCAGCACCACCUAUGCUCAUAUGACACCGGGUGCGGGGCACGGCCUGGAUCCGGCGCUGAUCAACAUCUAUCGCCAUCAACUGCAGCUGGCCUACGGAGGAUUGCCAUUGCCCCAGAUGCAGAUGCCCUUUCCCUACUUCUACCCCCACCCGAAGGUGCCACAGCCGAUUCCGCCGCCAAGCCAGCCCUCAAGUUUCGUCAAUGGCUCCUCGGCCUCGUCGUCGCCAGUGCGUCCUCAACGCACCCCCUGCCCGAGUCCUGGCCAAGUGAUGGGGGGCAUGGAGAGUGGACCGGAGUCCGCGCCGGAGGAUGUGGAUGAGAACGUGGAGAUCGACUAGAACGGAUCGAACCGAAAUGCGGGUUACGUUAUUGUGAUAGCUGUAGAAGUUGUGUUUUAGUCUCUAUGUGUAACCAAUACGAUAGAUAGCUUUAGUAGUCCUAAGUUUUAGCUGUAUCUGAAAGUUAAAUAAAACCAUAAAUGAAAAGAAAUA